AUGAAAAGGAAAAAUCCGGAAGAAAUUUACAGCGAAAUUUUGGCCAAAAUAUCCGAAAAGACCACGGGCCGAGACCUUUUCGACAACACACAGAUUUCUAUACGGGACGAAACAGAGAUGGAAAUAAGCCCCGAAAAAACGCUUAAGGAAUACCUGAAGGAAAAGCUUGUCUCUUUAUAUGGGAGGCAAACUGCUGGCGAGUACUGCACCGUGUUUGAGAUCACGGUUCGGCCAGACUCUGUUUCUGUGGAGGUAACCAGCGACCCUGUCUUUGUGUGCGGGAGGUACAGGAAAAACAAGAGGGGAAUAUCGAACACUCCGAUGGUCUUUGGCUCGAGGCCUCCCCGGAGGAGGGCGCAGAAGCCUGCGGAGGGUCUCCCGGAAGCGCCCGAGCCGAGGAUUCCGGCUGUCUCCGACUGGAUGGACCCCAUCACAAAGCACUUUGGGGGCACGAAGUGCGUGUUUAUGUCUGGAGGGCGCGAGGACUACGACGUCCGCAUGCUUGGAAAUGGACGGCCUUUUCUGUGCCGGAUAGAAGACCCGAAAAAGAAUCUUCCGAGAAAGGUUGGGGCAAUGUGCACGGUUAUUUCGGAAGAGGGCUGUGCGGUGGAGGAGUAUGUUAUAGAGUACAAGGCGAUAGAAGUGCCGUACAGAAUGAGCAGGGACGUGGAGGUUCUGCAAACGUGCUUGGUGGACGGGGGCAGGGCCAUGAAGGAAAUGAAGAAAAUAGAGGAGGAGCACUGCAAAGAGUACUCGGUGAAAGUUUUUUGCAAGGCCCCGUGGGAAACUGUGCUGGAAAGAGUGCAGGCCUCCUUCUGGGAGAAAAGCGGGGAGAAGGCCGUGCUUAAGACGCCUGCGCUUGAAAUACGCCAGAAGACGCCGAUUCGGGUGAUGCACAGAAGGGCCAACCUGGUGCGGCAGAAGUAUCUGCACGCUUGCACGGUAGAGAAAGAGGGCGAGUUUAUGCGCCUGCACAUAAAGUCUUCGUCUGGCGCAUACAUAAAGGAGUUCGUAAACGGAGACAUGGGAAGGACACGGCCGUCUCUUUCCGAAGUGGUGGGGGAGUUUUGCGAUGUGGUGGAGCUGGACGUUUUGUCUGUUGAGGACACGUUCCCAGACAGGGAGUGUGUUCUCGCAGAGGUGAAGCUGUGCACGCCAGGCCCAGGGGAGGGCGAGGCAGAGGCUGCUGAAGCGUGUUUGGAGGGCGUAUUAUAG